UCCUUCUCUCCCUAGAAAAGGAAUGGAAGAGAACAUGAUUACUCUCAUCUUCGCAAGGAAACAAGUCUCGAUUUUGGUUGUGAGUAGCCAUAUUGCUCUUUGCCGUUGUAGUGGGAGGGAUGUCAGCGAUGCUCAGCUGUCUGCGCUGAGUACCUGGUAUUCCCUCUUAAUCGGAGGUCAAGCUCAGACACAAGACCAGUUUGAAUGAUGGCCAAGAUGAUGAUCUAGCUGGGUGCAUGAAAAUUCCGAAUACGAGUCAGAUGAUCCUAGGCAUAUCCGGUAACGAUAGAAUUGUAUGAUGUCAUGGAUGUCUUCACACUUGAUACAUUCGUCCUCCAAUAUUCAUGUCGAGUAUUGCGAUGUGUGACUUGGGAUCAGGUUUCAAGUGGUUUUUAAAGACAUGGUUGGGUUUCCUCACGGUCAUCGUCAUAUCACCCUCAAGUCUCCCAAGUCUCCGGAGGGGCUUAUCGUGCAAUACUGGGACAGCGGGGCCGCGAUGCGCUCGGACAUUCGGAUGAUCACAACCGCCUCCCCCCUUGUCUUGCGGACCAUGAGCACCAAUUGGAAUCUGUGCCAUGUAGGAUCAAUCAUCAGGCAGCAGUAUUCAUAGACCCCGCAGUUGCUCACACUUCUUCUCACCGACUCUCCUCAGCCCAGCUUUGGCGCCCAGCAAGCAUCCAACUUCUUCUCUCCUCCGCGUCUGUGAUUCCACUUCACAACAACAUGCCGUUAUCCAUUGUUGAAUGCCUCCCUGCGGAGCUGAUCCAGCCCAUAUUUCGCCAGUCUGGCUACAAUGUCUCACUACCCCUCGCUUCGCCCCACAUCGCCGCCAAGUUGUCCGGCGAACGCAUCUACAACGAAGUCUGCGACCACCACUUGACCACCCAAGAUCCGCUCGAGCGCGUCCAACGGAAGAUCAACCAGACCCGUAUAUUUGCAGCGAAAUGGAUGACCUGGGAUUAUUUCAAGUCGUGGGUCCUUCGCCAGUAUGAGCCCAAGCGCUGCCUGUGCGGCAGGACCGAGGACGACGGGUGUUGGGAUAGGCAAUGGCCCAUCAAUUGGCAGGACGUCUCGCAAAUGCCUUUCAGCCGCGCUCAUUUGCCUGAGCUCGCUUGGGUCAACGGUCGUUUACCUCGCAAGCUCUUCGUGGGCAAAUGGACCCAAGAAAAAAUCGAGUUCCUGCGAUUCUUGCUGUGGAUCACCAGCAUGACCGUCGACUGGCGCGAUGAUGAAAUGCGCAAUAUAGUCGUCCAGAGCAGAAAGAACGCAAUCCUGCAGGGCAGUCUGGAUGCCGUGGAGCUCUUCAACCACAACCGACGCCUAGGCAAAACCCCAGACCUGGCGUGGGUCCUCUUCACUGUCAUCGAAGGCGGUUGCAAUCGUUCUAUUGUAUACGAUACUAUGGCCACAGCCUAUACAUUGGGCGGACGCGAAGAUUGGGCUAGUGAUGAGUUGGACAAGUGGUGCGCGUCUCGCGUCGAAGCGGGUGACCCGAAAGGCGCUUGGCUACAACAGAAACUUGAAGGGCUUCGCGCAAAGCCUAGCAAAGAACUGCCCUCGCAAGCAUCGCAAGCAUCGCAAGAUCCGCAAGGUUCAAAAGCGCCACAAGAGCUACAGGAGGGCGGAUCCAAGCCACCGACCGAGACCCGACACAUAGACCCAAAGGAGGGGUCUUACGAGGCGGAGGGCGACAACCUGGUCGUCAACAACCUCAAAUGGAAUGAGACUAAGGCGUUCGUCGGCUGGAAUGUCCGAGUCUCUGGAACGAUAGACGGAACACCACUAUACCUUCUUCGCGGUAUACACCAACGAUUUGGGCUUCGAAUAGCCAGAACUUGGAAUGGCUCCAACGUGGGGGAGGCUCAUGCACGGUCCUUGUUCCAAUACCCAUGGCCUGAAGCCAAAGAGACUGGACUAAUAUCGGGACCUCCGGGUUCUACUAGUUGA